CAUCAUAUGAAUCGCAUUCAUGCAUUAUAAACAACACAGCUAUUGAAGAACUGGAUUUCUGCAUCUUUAGUUUGGCUAUAUCUGUUAUAUAUCAGUGUUAACCCAGUCAUCGAAAUGAAGUUCGUCAGGUUUAUUAUGAAGAAUGCUUCUUUGGCCAAUGCGCCACAACACAUCGAACGCUUUUCCAAAUUUUCUCCUUCUCCACUAUCAAUGAAACAAUUUCUCGAUUUUGGUUCUACCAACGCAUGUGAGAAAACUUCAUUUGUUUUCCUGAGACAAGAGUUGCCUGUACGUUUGUCAAACAUCAUGAAAGAAAUCAACGUUCUCCCGAAAAGACUACUUACCACUUCUUCUGUGCAAAUGGUUCAAAGCUGGUAUAUUCAGAGUUUGAUGGAGAUCUUGGAAUUCUUGGAGAAAAGUCCAGACGACCACAAAGUAUUAGAAGAGUUUGUGGAUACUCUGGUCAACAUCCGAAACAGACACAAUGAUGUCGUACCCACUAUGGCUCAGGGUGUGAUUGAAUAUAAAGAAGUCUUUGGUCAAGAUUCAGUCACAAAUCAAAAUAUUCAGUAUUUCCUGGACCGGUUCUACAUGAGCCGGAUAUCCAUCAGAAUGCUUAUCAACCAGCACACUCUUGUCUUUGAUGGUGCCACAAAUCCAGUCCACCCUAAUACCAUUGGCUGUAUAGACUCUCGUUGUCAGGUUGCAGAAGUUGUUAAAGAUGCAUAUGAAAGUGCCAAGAUGUUGUGUGAUCAAUAUUACCUCAACUCUCCUGAGCUGUUACUUCAGGAACUCAACACUAAUACCAGGAACCAGCCUAUUUAUUUAGUGUACGUGCCCUCCCAUCUAUACCAUAUGCUUUUUGAACUGUUCAAGAAUGCUAUGAGGGCAACCGUUGAAAAUCAUAAAGAAGGCAGCUAUCUUCCACCUAUCCAGGUUAUGGUGGCAAUAGGAGGAGAGGACCUUACUAUAAAGAUGAGUGACAGAGGUGGUGGAGUUCCAUUCAGGAAGAUGGAGAAUCUUUUCAGUUACAUGUACUCCACAGCACCAACUCCCCAGAUGGAUGAGAAGAAAAGGGCUCCCCUUGCUGGGUUCGGUUAUGGGUUACCCAUCUCCCGUCUCUAUGCCAAGUACUUCCAGGGUGAUCUCCAGCUCUACUCUAUGGAGGGUCAUGGUACUGAUGCAGUCAUUCACCUGAAGGCAUUAUCAACUGAUUCAGUGGAGAGGCUUCCAGUGUUUAAUAAGACUGCUCGGCGGAACUAUAAAGUCAGCCUGGGGGCAGAUGAUUGGUGUGUCCCCAGUCGAGAGCCACUGGACCUGGCUGUAUUCCGGCUGGCAAAGUGAAAAGAACGCACCUGUGUGAAGCGUCUAGGAGGGAUAUUGGACACUUCCAUGACCGGCAUGAAGUGGGAUCGACAUGGUGGGUGUCCACAUGGCCUUGACCCAACUCUUCACUCACUGUGAAGCAAUAUAGUCUCUCUGCAAUACCGUAGUAGUCAUAUGCAAUGGUUUUCAUCCGCUACAUGACUAUAUCAUCUGCUUAUUUGUUUAGAGAAAUUAGACAUUGGCGGUGUUACCUGCAGACCAUAACAACUGAUUUAAAAUGGGGUUGCUAAAUUGCCAAAUUAAUCUGCAUUGAACUACUCUUUCUUCUAUGGAAAUACUGUGACAAAAAAGCUCCAGAUGUGAAGUAGUGUGCCGUAGAGUGACAUUCUAUGGCAGUUCUGCACACUGUUUUGGAGGAAAGGGGAUUGACCCUCUUGACUAGAUAUAGGAACCAGCAUGCAACAACAUGCUUCUGCUUAGGAACUAAAAAGCACUUCUAGAUCCGAAAUAAAGGGCCAAGAAAGGAUGAUAAACAUCAAUAUGCAACCCAUGAUGGAUCAUAAUGUACAUUAGUAUAACACUGAAGUCAGUAUCUAUCAUAAUUAAAUACCUACAUUACCAUGAUUGGUAAUGUAGAAGUAUUCUUUCUUAGAAUAGCCAAAAGCUGAGAAAAAUAUGUGAUGGCCAUAUUUGUGAUGCCAUUGUACUUAGUAUGUCAAUCUGUGGCCAAAAAAGUUAAUAUAAUCUUUGGUUUUGUACUCAUACUUUACAUUCAAUGUGUAAGGCGUUAGAAAGUGUUCACAGAUUUAAACAUGUUUAUAGCCAGUAAGAAUGUACUGUAACAACAAUCUCUUUUUUGGAACUUGAGAAAAGCAUAACCCUUAUGUGCUGAGCAUUGUUUUGUGCAUGUUUACUGUAAAACAUGCUAAAGUAUUUUAGAUACCUCAUUAAGGAAAGUUAGUUUGCUCAAAGACCUUUCUCAGCAGUUGCCUUCUUCAGUUUUGUGGGCUUUUGUCCACUUUGUGGUAUUUUUGCUCUCUGCAAAUACUAUACAAAGUGUAGGUGCAAUAAAUUAAAGCUUUUGAUAUAGUUUGUUCUAAGUCAUUUUAAGCCUUUUCUUUUGGCAGCUUACCUGCUGUAGUACAUCAGCUUCUGCUUUGAAAUAGCACCAUUAAACCUUAUACGUAUGGACCAUUUUAUAUGUAUUAUUGUCUGUUUUGUUUUUGUCUGAUGCUAGCCCUGAAAAUAAAAAAAAUGUAAAUAUUUUUGUAUGUUUUCCAUAUAAAGCAAUUUAUGUAUAUAGAAUGGAAAUAAACACAUUUUUA